AUGUCCCACCCAAUUCUUCCCCAACAGCCUUCUUCCCAGUCUGGCAACAUGCCGUCUCUCAACUGCGACGCAAGCAAAGUACAAGACCUACGGAAGACAACAGUGCACUCUCCCCCUCCCAAGCCCAAUCUUCCCGAUCUCACACGCGUCGCUACUGCGGCCCACACUGCUUCCAUCCUCGCCAGACCUCCCCCUACUGUUCUCGGCCGCCCUGGCACCCGCGAGUUCUCCUUCGCUCCCCUGCCUUAUACCGAUGCCGACCUGCCCUUGCCAAAACCUUACAACGUCAACUAUCCUCAUCCCAUCACCGCUUACGCUUCUCCCUGUGCCAACCCCGAGGCGGUCAGGUGCUCUGGUUACGGAGAGAUCUUGGACAAGAUGAUAAAAAAUGAUAUCCGGCUCGCUUUGGGAGAUAUUCUGUAUGAGGCGGGCUUUAGGGACCUCGACAACUCAGUGUAUCUGCUCUUCUCUUACGAGAGCACGGGGCAGGGGAACGGGAUCCCAGAGAGUCUGUGGAGCAAGUUUGAGAAUGUCAACAAUGUCAGGCUUCCUACGGCUGCGGCUGUUACUGCUUCGGUGGCUUCGGCUGCUUUGCAAGAGCAGCAACACUAUCGACAGCCUUCUCUCCCUCCCCGAUUCUCCCGACAAUCACUCUCGGCGUCUAGCGAUGAGUCUUAUCUCGAGACCCCCGUCAAGUCAUACGGCCCGAGGCCGGUCGAACCUGCGCCUCCUCAUUCUCAUUCUCAGACUCAUCAUCAGUCAGAUUUGAGGGAAGAGAUUAAUGCCUGGAAGACGGAGAUAUGUGUAGCAUGGGAGACUAGCGGUGGAUAUUGCAAGUACGGCGCAGGUUGUCAAUUUGCGCACGGCAUCGAGGAUCUCAAACUCACCCGCCAUGAACUCUCACUCCGCGGCCUCAUUACCCCCACCCCGGCUUUCGAUGCUGCUCAAAGGUCCAACCCCGACGUGCUCGCACCUACCAGCUCGUCUCGCGGAGGGUCCUUCUCGCCAUACCCCAACUUCAGCAUGAACCGCUCCACCCCUACGCCUCAGGCUCACUCAUCAACCUUCCCCUCCUCCACUGGCGCAGACAGACGAUUGUCCGUUCCUCACACGCACUCUCAGCACGGCGUGUUGACACCAGAAGAAUGGGCACUCCUCGCCGGCGUGGGUUACAGGCGUCAGUCAGAGGUAUUGCUAGAAAAGAGUGUCGGAGGGGUGAUAGCGCCGAUUGGGGUGGAGAGGGUUCAUGCGAAGGACGACUUUACAUUCCACCUCGCCAACCCUUGUGCUUCUUAUGACUCUUACAAGCAGUCCCCGACAUCAUUCCAAUCCUCUUUGAAGUCAUUCUCAUUCCACCCCACUUCGGCCUCUUCAUCCUUCGCCAAACCCCGUACUUCCAACCUCAGCCUCAACACCAACGUCAACGCUCCCAUGUCGUCCUCAGGUUCAUCGAGAUCGUCAUGCUCAGGCUCGCGUCUCUCCGUCUAUUCUUCCUCUGCUCUGAGCGAUCAUUCGCCCGCGACGACGCCGAUGGGGAUGGGGACGAAAGACUACCUGUUUACGCCUACGAUGGAGGAGGACUAUGAGCCUGUUGUUCUCUUUGGUGGAAAUGAGGGUAGCUUUGGGAGUGGGAGCACCUCGAGUGCGAUUGGGGGCGGGCUGGGGUUGGGGUUGAAGGAGAAGAGCUCGAUGACGUUUGAGUUCUCGAGUGGCAAUUCUAUCUGGUGA